AUGGCGGAUUUUCUCGACUUCUUUCGCUCCGAAGUCGUGGGGGACAGAGGAGCUCCUGGAGCUUCCACGCAGCAACAAGUGGAGGCAUUAAACCGCGUUAGUUUGCUGUGCAAGGUGCUAGGCCCUUCCAAGACACGCCAGCUGCUCAUUCCUCUCUUCCUGGAUCUGCAACAGCAAGUCAAAGACAGAGACGAGCUGCUCUGCCUGUUUGCUGUGCAGUGGAGGACUGUUGCCUCCACGGCUGCUGCGGAUGAUACUGCAACAGCGCACGAGAAACAAGUGGCUCUCGCUCAGUGCGCGGAUGCCCUUGCCGUUCUCGCAGCGGCAGAAGAAAAGUGUAUUCGACAUGAAGCUGUGGCAUCGCUCCUCUCCCUCCCCUCCCUCCUCUCCCCACCUCACAGAAAGGCCUUUGUGCAGCAGCGGCUGCUGCCUAUCUCCAAGGCUCUAGCCGCCAACGAAGCAUGUCUCUUUGCUCGCUGCGCAGCCGCCCGCCUCUUACCUCACCUCCUGUGCCACUCAGAACCUCGAUCACCUGCCGAGAGCCUUCCGAGGGAGGGAGACAUGUCGCCAGAGAAACAACACCCGCCGCAAAAAGAUGCAAGAGCAGCGCCCUCAGGAGCAGAGAUGUACAGAGAAUUCGACGAUGCUGCCGAUGCAGCUGAAAGCUUGACCACCAAGAGAAUCGAACAGCUGUUUGAGGCGCUUUGCGCCGAUGAAUCCUUGCUAGUCCGUCGCGAGGCACUGCAGCAGCUACCCGCACUGGUAGAGGGUUCAAGGGCAGCCAGGAUUGCCAGUGCGACAGCCACAACGGCAGGCAGCUCAGCAGACACUGCGACUGCUCCUGCAGAGGACGAGGCGCAGCUCGUCGCGUUGCGCAUUUUGAGAGAGGCCUUCGGGGAGACUUCGGAUUACCUUCGUGCUGCAGCAGCGGAGUCUGUCGUUGCGCUUGCGACUUCUUAUCCACCCCCCACGUCAUGCCUCGUGGGCUUGACUCCCUCUGCAUCCCCUAGAGGUCCUCACCUCCAACCUUCUUGCGAUUUGCCUGUGACUUCUACCCCUCCCGCCGGGGAACGCGAGAGCAACGGCGUCUUCAGCGUAGGCGAGUUGUUGUCGCUGUAUCUACGUUCUGCCUCUGAUCCUUCCUGGCGAGUCCGAUCUGUGGCAGCAAAAGAACUGUACUCCAUCGUUUCCUUCUCGCCACUCAACUUUGGGGAGAUCUACCCGUCCCUCUGUCUGCUCCUCCAAGACUCGGCAGUGCGCGAGGUGCGUCUAGCCGCCAUCAGCAGCCUAGCCAAGAUAACGCAAGUGCUACCGCAGGAAGAAACAACGCAGAAGCUCUUGCCAUUGGUUCAACAGCUCCUCCAAGGGGCCCUUCUCUCAGCAAAACCCCCCGCAGCAGACAGCUGGGAUACUUUGGGCCCUGCGCCGCCUCUAUUCCCACCUCCUCCUUCGCAUGCGGCUUCUAUUGCUGCGGCAAUCGACGCUGCACUGGCCGUGUGGCAGGCUGCAGAAUCAGUGGCAGCUGUUUCCAUUUCGCGAGAGGUUUUCAUGACGCUCCAGCAAGGAGACCUCGUAACUGCCGUGUGCAUUGCAAAGCGGCUCAACGACUUUUGUCGUCUCUACCAACCAAAAGCGAGCAGCAGCGGAGGCGCUCCAGCAGCAGAAGCGGCUCAAUUGGUAGAAGCACUCUGCGAAUUCCGUCGAGGGGUUGGGCAGACCGGGGAUUGGCGUCUGCGCUUGGAGAUUGUCAAGCAAAUGCCAGCUGUUGCACAAACGCUUGGAGUCAAGUUCUUCAUUUCGUCUUUGUCUCCAUUCCUCUUUGACUCUUUCUGCGAUCCAAUCCACCAAGUUAGAGAGGCAGCCGUUGAUGCCUGCGAGGAAUUAAUUCCAGCUGUGGGUUACCGCUGGGCUGUGGAGUCUCUCCUACCGCGUCUCGUGCGUUCUUUUGAGGGGUGCGUCCCUUCCCAAGAUUCAAGAGGGGCCCUCCAGGAUUUUGGAGGUUCCCAAGGACUGCAUGGCGAUGCAAACACAACUGCGUCUCCCUAUCUUCGCCGCAUCGUUGUGCAGCACACACUGCCAAAGCUCGCUGCUGCGCUGCCGCUCGAUAUCUCUGUGAAGCACGUCGUGCCCCUUUUGCUUGAGGGUCUUCAGGACGCUGUUCCCAACGUCCGCCUCACUGCGGCAGAAAUGCUUCGCAUCAUCGCCAAACAAAAAACGCUGCCCCCCCAAACUCUCGCCGACCCCUUAGAGGUUUUGUCUGCUGACGAAGAUGUUGACGUCCGUUUCUCCGCCAAGUUGGCGCUGGCUGCGUGUCGUGCUGCCUCUGCCGCUUGA